AUGCAACACUUGGUCGUGUGUUUUCAGAGGAGAAAAUUACUUCGUCAACAUGGACCAGUACUGCGUCAGGAGGUUCCCCGACAGGGUCAAUGUGUGCGCCUCGUGCCACAGGAGGGCGGAUGA